AAGCUUUUUGACUUUGAUCUAUUCUUUAAUGCUAGGGGUGUUGUGCAGAAAUGUAAUCUCUUCUCGUCCUUUGUGUCUUGAAUGUUUAGUUCCUUACAUCUUCAUCUGUAGCAUUUAUAUCAAACCAUAAACUGCCCAGUCAAACUCUGUCUUUCUGUAUCCUCCCUCUUCUCCUGUUAUAAAUCUCCUGACAUUCUGCUGCUGCUGUUGUGUUUGUCCUGAACUCAAUCUGUCAUCAUGUUCGCGUCUCUAGUGAAGUUCGACCUGGCCUCUGUGGGCUUGACUCUGUUUUUGGGCUUGAUUUUUAUGGUUCUGUUCGAGAUCUUCAGGAUUCAUUCCUACAAAGGUCGAUUUCCACCUGGACCAACACCUCUGCCUUUUGUAGGAACCAUACCUCAUUUCUUGAAGAAUCCAAUGGGCUUUAUAAGAUCAUUAUCGCAGUAUGGAGAGAUGACUACUGUGCAUCUUGGAAGAAAGCCGGCGGUUAUGCUUAAUACGCUCCAGGUCAUAAAGGAAGCCAUAGUCCAAAAUGGUACAUCUUCUUCUGGAAGGCCAUCGAUACCUAUUUUAACCUGGAUCACUGAGGGAUUUGGAAUUGUAUUGGCCACGUUUGGUCACUCCUGGAGGCAGCAGAGACGGUUUGCUCUGCACACACUCAGAAACUUUGGUCUGGGAAAGAAGUCUGUGGAGGAACGUGUGACAGAGGAAAGCAGUUACCUGGUUCCCGAAAUGCUCAAAUUGGAAGGCAAGCCCUUCGACCCCCAACAUGCAAUACAAAAUGCCGUUUCCAACAUCAUCUGCUCCAUUGUGUUUGGGGAUCGAUUCGAGUAUGAUAACAAACGUUUUGAAUACCUUCUGGAGAUCAUAAAAGAAAACAUCAAUCAGUCAGGGUCACUUGUUGGACAGGUCUUUAACUUAAUUCCCAUUAUCAAGUAUUUCCCUGGGCCACAACAGAAAAUCUAUCAGAACACAGAAGAGUUGAAGGCAUUCAUCAGAGAAUCAACCAAAGCACACAGAGAAACUCUGGAUCCAGACAGUCCACGAGACUUUAUUGAUGCGUAUCUGCUGGAGAUGGAGAAACAAAAGUCCAGUCAGGACACUUCAUUUCAUGAGGAUAACAUGGUUAUGUCAGUGGCCGAUUUGUUCUUGGCUGGAACCGACACUACAGCGACCACCAUUAGAUGGGGAUUCAUCUACUUGACUCAAAACCCAGAUGUACAAGAGAGAUGUCAUGAGGAGAUUGUUCGGGUUCUGGGUUACGACCGCUUGCCAUGCAUGGAUGACCGUGACAGACUACCGUACACACUCGCCACUGUUCAUGAGCUCCAACGCUGUGGAAAUAUUGUACCAUCGGCUGUACCACAUGAAACAACUCAACCAAUAAAACUAAGAGGAUAUGACAUUCCCCAGGGAACUCAGAUAUUGAUUAACUUGACGGAUAUUUUGGCUAACAAGGAGCACUGGAAGUAUCCAGACACUUUUAACCCAGAGAAUUUCUUAGAUGAUAAGGGAAAUUUCUUCAAACCGGAGGCUUUUCUUCCUUUCUCCUUGGGUCCGAGGGUCUGUCUUGGUGAGACUCUGGCUAAGACUGAGCUCUUCCUCUUCGUCACCUCUCUCCUUCAGCGGAUUCGUUUCUCCUGGCCGACUGGUGAGAAGCGGCCGAACAUGGAUGGGAUUGUCAGCGUGGUUCGCUCUCCUGAACCAUUCAAAAUCAUCUGCCAUAGCAGAGGUUCAAAAGAGUAACAUGCCUUUCUGACAUUUAAAGACAUUUCCAAAUAUGCUUUGAAAAACUUGUAGUGUUGAACCUAUUACAAUAAAUAACAAUGGUGCUGUAAAACCACUUUAAGACUGUAAA